AUGAUCUUGGACGCGAAGCAUGCGUCUGAGACCAGGGUGGGGAAAGAGAUCCAAAAGAUCAAACAGAAGAUGGAGGCCAUGGCAGAAAAAAUCAAGAUGAUCAACGAUCGAGUAGCAGCUGUUGAGCCAGGUCGAAAUGCGCUGCUCAAGACGGACCUCCAGGCGAGCAUCGCCAAGCUUGAGGAGGUCUGGGAAGGCGAAGUCGGCUCCUCGGUGACGGGUGACGUUGGUGGUGGGUGA